UAAUACAAAAUGGCGUCUUGUUGAAGAAUGAACGUAUGCGUAUUAUCAAGUGGAUUGAUUCCAUAAUAUUUUCAUUAUUUAUAAUUUAUAUAACAUCAACAUGGGCUCAUCAGAUAUAGAAGAUUUAGAUUCCAAAAGGGAAAUUACUGGUGUAGACUCUGAAUCAGAUAUGAUCGGGGAUCAAAGGAAAAAGAAAAAAAGAAAACACAAACAUCACAAACAUAAAAAAGAUAGAGUGAUAGAGAAAGAAGAUGGAAGAAUAGAUAGACAAGAAAGAAAGAAACACAAGAAACAUAAAAGACCACGUAAAGAAAAAGAAAUAGAAAAUGGUGCGUUGGAAGAGAAAACGUCGUCGCAACGUAUUAAUCAAAAAGAAAUUGGUUUGAAUGGUAAAGUGAAAAAUUCAUUGUUAGAAAUAAUUUCUACAGAAGAAAGUGAAGAUGAAAAACUUGUGGAUCUUGAUUCGGAUGAAGUCGAUUGUACUAUUAUUGAAGAUGAUAUUGAUUUAGAAGAAUUAAUGAAACAAAAGGAACGAUUACAAGCGUGUUUAGUUCAAUAUUUGUCAGAUGAAUCCGAAAAGGAAGAUAAGGAAAUCGAAGAAGAAGAAGAAGAGGAGGAAGAAGAAGAAGGUGAAGAGGAAGAAGAUGAAGGAGAGGAUGAUGAAGAAACAAAAGCUGAAACUCCAGAUGUAAUAGUCGUAGAAGAUGAUAGUGAAGAUGACAAUAUACUCCACAAAAAACGACCUAGAAGUAAGUCAGGAAGUAGGGAACGUAAAAAAAUGUCAAAACCUGAAAGACGAGUUGUAGUUGAUAUGAGUAGAGAUCGAAGAAGUAGAGAAGAUCACAAAGAAAAACGAAGGGAUUCUGACAGAAGACGAGAGGAUAAAACACGGCCAAGAGAAGAAAUAAAAAGAGAUGAUACGAGAAGAGAUGAUAAACGAAAAACUAACGAGAGGCACAAGGAUGAUUCUAGGAAAGAAGAUUCUAGGAAAAGGAUAGAAGAAGAUAGACGUAAAGAAACUAGUAGUAGUAGUAGAAGAGAUGAACCACGUAAAAGAGAAUAUGAUAGAAGGGAGGAAGAACGAGGAGACAGAAAACGAGACUUGGGUCGACAUUUAUCUAGAUCUCAUAAUGAUUCGAAAAAUCAAGAUAAUAAAGUUGAUAUAAAACAUAUUUCAUCGAGACGCGAUAGUCGUGAUAGAGGAGACAAUCGGGAUCGUCAAAGCAGUCGAGAUCGGCAAUCAAGUCGAGAUCGGCAUAAUAGUCGCGAUCGUUAUAAUCGUGACAGAGCAUUAAGUAAAGAUCGACAUUCCAGUCGUGAUAAAAGAGACAGUAGAGAACGACAUACUAGUCGAGAUCGUCAUUCAAAUAGAGAUAGACAAGCCAGUCGUGAUAAGGACCCACGAGAUCGACGUGAUAAUCGGAAUCAUGAGAAAAUUAGAGAACGGUCUAGAAGUAUAAGAAGAUCUCGUAGUCCCAUUAGAAAUAGAAUGGAUAGAGAUCGCAAUGAUCGUUAUAAAAGAUCGCGUUCUUUGUCCCGAAGUCGUAGGGAUAGGGAAAAACACAUUCGUGAUCAUGACAGGGAUAGAGAAAAGAAUGGUAAAAAAGAAAGAAGUGAUAAGUACAAAGAUUCUUUGUCGGAAGGCCUAAAAGUAGAACGUUCUGACAGUUCUAGCGAAGAAGAUAUGAAGGAUAUCGAUAUUGAAGAAGAGGAAGAUGAGGAAGCUAUUAUUGAACGUAGGAGAAAACAAAGAGAAGAGUUACUCAAGCGAUUAAAUGGACCAAAUGAGGAUUCAAAUAUGUCUGCUGAUGUAACAGCUGUCACUGGAACUCCUCCGUCAGAAAGUCAUUCAAAUACAUCUCAAAAAUCACCAGAGAUGCCUUCAAAUAAUAAUGAAUCUACUUCAGAGAGUCAUACUCCACCACUGCCUGAAAAACCAAAAUCGCCACAACCAGUUAAAAAAAGAAAAUCUAGAUUUGAGGAUGCAUUACCUGAAGAAUCUGAAAAGAUUGAAAAUACAAAAAUUACAGAGAAAGUUAAACAAGAUGAAAAACAAAGUACAAAAAGAACAAAUGAAUGGGAUAUGUUUGCUGAAGCUGAUAAUAUUGGUGAUUUUAAUAGUCCUACCGUUGAAGGUAAACGUUUAGGUGGUCCAGACAAUCCUAGUUUAACAGAUAAUUGGGACGAUGCGGAAGGAUAUUAUCGGGUUCGAGUUGGCGAGACAUUGGAUUCUCGAUAUGUUGUUUAUGGUUACACGGGACAAGGGGUUUUUAGCAAUGUCGUAAGGGCUAGAGACAGUGUCCGAGGCAAUUCAGAUGUUGCCGUGAAAAUUAUUCGUAAUAAUGAAAUUAUGCAUCGCACUGGUCUAAAGGAAUUAGAAAUUCUCCGGAAGCUUAACGAUGCAGAUCCAGAAGAUCGAUUUCAUUGUUUGAGAUUAUGUAGGCAUUUCUUUCAUAAAAAUCAUUUAUGUAUGGUAUUUGAACCAUUAGCAAUGAAUUUAAGAGAGGUAUUAAAAAAAUAUGGCAAAGAUGUUGGUUUGCAUGUUAAGGCUGUAAGAUCGUACACGCAACAACUAUUCCUUGCAUUAAAAUUAUUAAAACGAGCGAAUAUUUUACACGCUGACAUUAAACCAGACAAUAUUCUAGUCAGUGAAAGUAAACUGGUAUUAAAACUUUGUGACUUUGGUUCUGCAUCUCAUGCACAUGAAAAUGAGAUAACGCCGUAUCUUGUAUCAAGAUUUUACCGUGCUCCUGAAAUUAUUCUUGGUAUACCAUAUGAUUUUGGCAUUGACAUGUGGUCUGUUGGAUGCACGAUAUAUGAGCUAUAUACUGGAAAAAUAAUGUUUUCUGGCAAAACAAACAAUCAGAUGCUAAAGUUCUUCAUGGACCUAAAAGGCAAAAUGCCUAAUAAACUAAUAAGAAAAGGAACCUUCAAGGAUCAACACUUUGACUCUAACUGCAAUUUUCUUUAUCAUGAAGUUGAUAAAGUUACUGAACGGGAAAAAAUCGUCGUAAUGUCCACCCUACCAGCAACUCGUGACCUUAAUGCAGAACUCGGUGGAAAUUCAUUACCACCUGAACAAUGUCGGAAAGUUGGUCAGCUUAAAGAUUUAUUAGAACGCACGUUGAUGUUGGAUGCGGGGAAAAGAAUCACUGUGAACCAUGCUCUGGCACACCCUUUUAUACAAGAAAAAAUUUAGCAGAAAGAGGCGGCGCAAAGUUUCAAGUGUAACUCAAUCAAGACAACGAAGAGCAUAAAGCAGUAAAUAUUUAUAAUGCAUAUAUCAUUAUAUUGCAACAACAACCUUCUCUUGUACUCUAUCAAUCUGAAAUAAUGUAUUUAAUAGAUUGUUAAGUACUAAAUACAGGUCAAUAGAGUGCAAUAUUUUUUUAUAAAACAUAAUGAAGUAAAUUCUUAUCUACAGCCUGCAAUUAUAUCCGGAAACGUAGGAUUUUAUUUAUUAAAAAAAAAAAUUAUUCACACAGAAUUAAUAACAUAUUACGUGAAUGAGUCAGACUGGAAAAAGUGACCGCCUCUUUCAGCAUGAACUGGCCAUCGAUACUUAGCAUUAUGGUGAUGAAUCAUCAAUUCGAAUCAUCUUUAUGUGCAAGCGGACCUUUCAAGGGCCUUUAGCGCUGAUCCCGUUGCAAGCCCUCCCUGUGAGGAGGGGAGGCAACGGAAGAGAUCAGAUGCUGAGAAGGAAUAAUGAAAGGGUGUCCUAAAGGAAUGAUAAAUACUGCGCCAUGUGUCAUCAAACCUGCUUAAACAAGAUAUCAUCGUCGAGUCAUCCAAAAAAUUGGAUCAUCAAAGAUCGAACUAAUUUGAGCUGGUGCAAGGUUUGUCUUAAAAGACUCAUUAAGGAAAACUAAAACUGUAAGUACGUAUGCAGGUAAAGUAUAUAUCGUGAAAAUAAUUCAAAUAUUGCAAUUUUACAAUCCCAUUAUUUAUAAGAUGGCAAACAAUAAUUCAAAUUUUAAUAAAUAUUCUAAUCACUAUGGCUUUGAGUUUUCAGAUAAUUAAUUAAGAGUAAUAAAAGGAUAUUACACAUGUGUAAUACUGAAGAAACGUACAAUGAAAAAGUACAAUAUAUUAAUAUAUAUAUAUAUAUAUGCAUAUGCAUUUUUAAUAUAUUAUACAAUAACUACAGUAAUAUAAUUGAAAACUUU